GUCCAGUGACGGUGUGCUUUACACCAUUGCAUCCGACGCUUUGCAUUGCAAUUGGUGCUGUAAGGCUUGGAUGCAGCUGCUUGGCCAUGGGAACCCAUUCCAUGAAACUCUCUAUGCACUGUUGUGCUACUCUGAAGGCCACAAAGUUUGGAGGUCUUUAGCUAUUGACUCUGCAGACAGUUGGCGAUUUCCACGCACUGCGCAUCAGCAUGCGCUGACCGCGCUCUGUCAAUUUACGUGACCUACCACUUCAUGGCUGAGUUGCUCCUGUUCCCAGUUGCUUCCACUUUGUUAUAAUACCCUUAAUAGUUGACCGUGGAAUAUCACGUACCACGCUUUAAUUCACUGAGCUCCUGAGAGCGACCCAUUCUUUCACAAAUGUUUGUAGAAGCAGUCUGCAU